AUGGAUUCUGAGCAACUGAGAGAGUACGGACAUCGGAAAAACAGAGUGGCUUUGGUCUCUGAUCAAGAUAUUGUGCAUGGCGGGCAAAUUAAAAAAUGCUUGGGAAAAUGCAUAUGGGUACAUGCAAGCCAAGUGAUCGAUCGAGCGCUUUGGAAGUGGCGGUUCCGAGACGACGGAGCCAGAGAAUUUGACGCCGCGGGCGAAACCUAG